AUGGACUUCGAAGUUCCUGACGGCGUCGCGAUCACAUUUGACACAUUCUCUCCCCAGCACAGCAGCAGUUGCAGCUACGAGGAUGGUGAUGACAGCGACAAAGUCGACGUCGCUGCCGACACGUCCGAUCAUCCACAGCCUUCGUCAUCCCCAUUCUCGAACGUCAUCGAUACAUGGUACCUGGGAGACAUCAUGGACAAGAUCAACGCGUUGGACGCGGUCACCGGCGGCCGCGUCCGCGAUGUCCUCACGAAGCUUCGGUCGCGCGCGUACGCCCCCGUGCCACUGGAUAACGCGUCAUGGACUGUCGUGUUUUGCAGUCUAUGUCAACGAUACGCCACACAUGAUGCCGCGCAUCAUCUCUGUCGGAUAUGUCAUCGCAUGGGAGACCACACGACCGCCACGUGCACCCUUGUUCCUCCAUUGAACCGCAAGUGCACAUUUUGCGGCAGUCAGCCCACUGGCCACGACUCGAACGACCACUGCUGCGUCCACUGCUACACUCGCGGACAACAUAACUCUUGUGGACGGUCGUCCUUGUCUUCCGUCGCGUUGUCGUGGAGUAGCCACGUUGCGUCGUCGUCGAUACGGAGUCUAGAACCACCACCACUUCCUGUAGCCGCCCCUGGUUCAUCCACGACUACAAAUUCACCAGCUACAACCCCGGCUACAACCCCAGCUACGUCGUCGGCUACAGCGACGUCUCCACCAGGGUGUGCGUUUUGCGGCGGCACUGACCAUGACACGGUUCAUCACCGGUGCCGACGCUGUCACAUACAAGGCCACCAUCGAUCGAGGCAAUGCACGAGCAAGUCCAGUCUUGGCUCGUCCGUGGUGUCGACCCUCCUGGCGUUGCCCGCGCAGGCCAUCGUACAUCAAUACCGGAGCACCCUAUCGAACUUGUCGCCUUGGACAUCACGAAGUGACACGACGGCGGUAUUUCUCCUUUCGGAUAUGGAACUUCGACUGCGCCACACGCUGCAGCGAUUGGGCUUGUGGGGUGCCGGCUCGCAGACUCCCAUCGGCACCCCCAACAGUGACCAGUACCACGCUCCAGCAGCAACCAGUUUAGCCACUUCGUUGCCCCCAACACCGCCGCCGCUGCCGCCGCACUACUCUGUGGUCGUGGCAUAUCGAGAAGGUUCGAGCGUUGUGCCCGAUCGCAUUCUCAAGUUUAUGCGACUACUCAUGCACACAAACGUGUCGACGAAUGCGUUUCACGUGGAGGUUCACGCCAACGCCUCGGAUGACAAGCGACCUGGGAUGGUUAGUCCCAAGUCGCUGCCUCCGUCCCCUCAGACCCGCGCGGCGUACCAAACCCACAUGGACGGCUACACAGAGUCUGUCCUCGUCGGCGCCAAACUCAAACUCGUCGCGUACGUGCAAACUGCAGCCACCCCACAAGUCUAGCCACUGCUGCGACCAGGAACCACCUCAACAUCUGAAACUGGCAAACGACUUCUACAAAUACUAGUAACGUUACUCUAUUCGUACUACUACUGUAGUACUAUUAGUAUUGAACAACAAACACCCAAUACUGUACUGUA